AUUUUCCAUCAAACACAUAAUAUAGUAACAAGAUGAGUUCAUUUUCUCUAAUAUGUGUCUUGGGUUUAUUUAUCAUUAUUGGUCACGUUGCACAUGCCCAAAACUCACAAGCAGACUAUGUGAACUCCCACAACGAAGCAAGACGUCAGGUUGGUGUUGCAAAUGUUGUCUGGGACAAUAAUCUUGCUACUGUUGCCCAAAACUAUGCUAAUUCACGCAGGGGUGAUUGUCGACUGACCCACUCUGGUGGCCGUUACGGGGAGAAUCUCGCAGGGAGCACCGGAGACUUGAGUGGCACAGAUGCAGUGAGGUUGUGGGUGAAUGAGAAAAACGACUAUAACUAUAAUAGUAACACAUGUGCUUCUGGUAAAGUGUGUGGCCAUUACACUCAGGUUGUUUGGAGAAACACAAAGCGUAUUGGAUGUGCCAAAGUAAGAUGUAAUAAUGGAGGCACAUUCAUUAUUUGCAAUUACGAUCCACCAGGCAACUAUGUUGGUCAAAAGCCAUACUAAGUGCAUCAUUAAUAAUAUAUCAUGAAUAAAUAAAUACUCCAAACUAAUGAAGUAAAUGAAUAAUACCAGGAAAAAUGAGUUCCCGACUCAUUACGAUCAUGAUGAUAUAUACUUCUCAAAUUGUUAUAUAUAAUAAAACAAUGUUUAUGUGAGUUUCUCAUAUUAUAUAUAUAUAUAUAUAUAUAGACACACA